UUUUGUGAUUUAUUCUGUACUGACUUUUUAUUUAAUUAUAAAAUUUUCAAAAUUUGAAGUAUUAUGUAGAUAUUAUACAUAUAAUGUCUUUAUCCAAUUAUAUUUAUGACCAUGUUUUUAAUGGGUAUUCAUAAUGUACUUAAUUGUCGAACAAAAAUUUUUAAUAUGAAGACAAAAGUUCAAAGCUUUCAAAAUAAUUUUUAUAAUUAAGAGUAGCGUACAUUUAUAUUUAUAAACAUGUUUAUCAAGCAAGUAAUUAUUCAUGGUUUCAAGAGCUACCGCGAACAAACUGUCGUUGAACCAUUUGAUAGAAGACACAAUGUUGUAGUAGGCCGUAAUGGCUCUGGAAAAAGUAAUUUUUUUUAUGCCAUUCAAUUUGUCUUAAGUGAUGAGUUUUCUCAUCUUCGUCCUGAACAAAGACAAGCUUUGUUACAUGAAGGAACAGGCCCUAAAGUUAAUUCAGCUUAUGUAGAAAUAAUUUUUGAUAAUACAGAUAAUCGAUUACCAAUAGAUAAAGAAGAAGUAGUUUUAAGAAGAGUUAUUGGUGUUAAAAAAGAUCAGUAUUUUUUGAAUAAAAAAAUGGUUCCUAGGAGUGAUGUUACUAAUUUGUUAGAGUCUGCAGGAUUUUCUCAUUCUAAUCCAUAUUACAUUGUAAAACAAGGAAAAAUUAAUCAAAUGGCCACAUCACCUGAUUCUCAUAGACUCAAACUAUUAAGAGAAGUUGCUGGCACUCGUGUAUAUGACGAAAGAAAAGAAGAAUCUAUUGAAAUAUUAAAAGAUACUCAAACAAAACUUGAUAAAAUUGUUGAAUUUAUUAAAACUAUUGAGGAUAGAUUAAGUACUCUUGAAGAAGAAAAAGAAGAAUUGAAAGAAUAUCAGGUUUGGGAUAAAAAAAGAAGAACUCUAGAAUAUUGCAUUCAUGACAGAGAGUUAAAAGAAACCCAAAGAAAACUAGAAGAAUUAGAGAGUCGUAUUAAUAAUGUAGAUGAAGAACAAAAGCGUCUAACUGCUAAAGUAAAAGAAGCUGCACAUGAAGCAAAAAAAGCUGCAAAACAGUCACGUGAAGCCAAAAGACAAGUUUUAAGCAUCAAAGAAGAUAAAGAUACACUAAGCUUAGAACAACAAGAGCUAAUUAAACAAAAAACAAAAUUAGAUUUUACAAUCAAAGAUUUAACUGAUGAAGUACAAGGCGACAACAAUUCCAGAGAAAGAGCUGUUAAAGAAUUAGAAAAAUUACAAGAAACUAUUAGGACAAAAGAAUCAGAUUUACAAGAAAUAAAACCUAAAUAUGAAGCACAAAAGAAAAAAGAAGAAGAUUGUACUAGAGAAUUAGGUCUAAAAGAACAAAAACGAAAAGAAUUAUAUGCUAAACAAGGCCGCGGAAGUCAAUUUGCAUCUAAAGAAGACAGAGAUCAAUGGAUUCAAAAAGAACUAAAAUCACUUACCAAACAAAUUAAAGAUAAAACUGAUCAUAAAGAAAAAUUGACUGAAGAUUUAAAAAAAGAUGCUGAACGUUUAGUAGAACUUGAAAAUUUAGUGCAUACUAAUUCAAGUGAACUAGAAAAACAAAGAACUUCAAUAGAUGAGUAUAAUAAACGUUAUUAUGAAUUGAAAAAAAGUAAAGAUCAAUAUCAAAGUCAAAGGAAUGAGCUCUGGCGUAAAGAGAGUACUUUACAACAUACAUAUUCAACAUUAAAAGAAGAAUUAGCAAAAGCUGAUCAAAUGCUUCGUAGUAUGGCGGGAAAAGCUAUAUUAAAUGGUAGAGAUAGUGUCCGUAAAGUUUUGGAUAUUUUCAAAGAGCGUGGUGGAGCUCAAGCUAAUCUUGCUAAACAAUACUAUGGUCAAGUUAUUGAAAAUUUUGAUUGUGAUGAAAGUAUUCAAACAGCUGUUGAAGUAACUGCUGGGGGUAGGAUGUUUUUUCACAUUGUUGAUUCAGAUAAAAUUGGUACACAAAUUUUAAAAGAGAUUAAUAAUCAAAAUUUACCAGGUGAAGUAACUUUUAUGCCACUUAAUAGAUUAACUGCACGACAAAUUAAAUACCCGCAAUCUAAAGAUGCUAUACCAAUGGUUAGCAAGUUAAAUUAUGAACCUCAUUUAGAUAAAGCCAUGCGUUUUAUAUUUGGAAAAACAUUAAUAUGUCGUAAUUUAGAAAUAGCUACAAGUAUUUCAAAACAGAGUAUGUUAGAUUGUAUUACAAUUGAUGGAGACCAAGUAUCAUCUAGUGGAACUUUAACCGGUGGGUACUUUAAAAAUGUGCGUUCGAAAUUAGAAAUCCAAAAACAGCGCAAUGAUUUAAUAAACCAAAUCAAAGAAUCUGAGGAACAACUAACUUCACUUAGAACACAGUUAAAUGAAAUUGAAGUAAAUGUAAAUACAGUUAUGUCUGACAUGCAAAAAACUGAGACAAAGAAUAGUAAAGCUAAAGGAAAUUUUGAUAAACUGAAAGGAGAUAUUAGGCUCAUCAAAGAAGAAAUGGUUGGUAUUGAAAGAUACAGAGUAACAAAAGAACGUCUACUUGUAACUGCUUCUUCCAACUUGGAAGCUAUGCAAACUACUCGUUCAGGACUUGAAUCUGAGCUACAUCAAGAGCUCAUGGCACAAUUAUCAGUUGCUGAUCAAAAAGAAAUGGACAAAUUAAAUAGUGAUAUAAAACAAUUAACUCAAGAAAAUAAAACUGCAUUUGCUAUGCGUAUGAAAUUGGAAGCAGAUAAAAAUAAGUUAGAAAACUUACUAACAAAUAAUUUAAUCAGGCGUAGAGAUGAAUUGUUACAAGCAUUACAAGAAAUUUCAGUAGAAGAACGUAAACGUACCUUAGAAAGUAGUAGAUUAGAAUUAAAUGUUAUUGAAAAAAAAUUAGAAACCAUUAAUGUUGACAUGAAAGCUAUUGAUUCUAAAGUUCAUGAAGCAGUGAAAUGGCAGAAAAAAUGUCAAGAAGAGUUAGACAAAUGGAAAACUCAAGAAAAAGAAGCCCAAGAAAAGCUUGACAAUGAAUCAAAAGACCUUUGUAAAGUUUCAUCUAAGCAAGACAUGUUACGUAAAAAACUAGAUGAAUCAGAAGCCAAAAUUAAUGAGCUUGGUGCUUUACCAAAUACUGAUCUUGUAACUAAGUAUAUGUCAUACUCAUCUAAAAAUUUGUUCAAAGAACUCGAAAAAGCUAAUAGUCAUUUAAAGAAAUUUGCUCAUGUUAAUAAAAAAGCUUUGGAUCAGUUUAUUAAUUUUUCUGAACAAAAAGAGAAACUUGUUUCUAGAAAACAAGAACUUGACCGUGGUUAUCAAAAAAUUGAAGAGCUCAUGAAUGUACUUGAACAAAGAAAGUGUGAUGCCAUACAAUCAACUUUUAAACAGGUUUCUAAGUAUUUUUCAUAUGUUUUUUCUAAACUUGUACCUGCUGGCCAUGCAAAAUUGGUUAUGAAAACUGUUGGUGGUGAAGAAUCAACAACAAUCAAUAUGAGGGAUGAAACAAGUGUUGGUAAUUACUCUGGUGUUAUGAUCAAAGUAUCAUUUGUUGGACAAGGUGGAGAAAUGCGUGAAAUGAACCAACUCUCAGGGGGGCAAAAAUCUUUAGUAGCAUUAGGUUUAAUAUUUGCGAUUCAAAAAUGUGAUCCUGCACCAUUCUACUUAUUUGAUGAAAUUGAUCAAGCAUUAGAUCCACAACAUAGAAAAGCUGUGGCUGAUAUGAUCCAUGAAAUGUCUUCUGAAGCACAAUUUAUUACAACUACAUUUAGACCCGAGUUAUUACAACAUGCACAUAAAUUUUACGGUGUUAAAUUUCGUAAUAAAGUAAGUCAUGUAGAAUGUGUUACAAGGGAAGAGGCUCAUGACUUUGUUGAAGAUGAUACAACUCAUGGUUAAAAAUAUUAAAUAUUUACUGACAAAUUGGAUGUCCAAUAAGUAUAUUAACAAAUAGUAAAUAAUAUUUCAUAAUUGCACAAAUGUUUAUUGGAUCUGUUUUUAUCUAUUUCUUUUAUUAUUAUUGACUUCUCAUAAUAGUAUUUCAGUAUUAGUUUUAUUUUAAUUUAUAAUUGCAUUUCUAAAGUAGAAAUAUUUUAUAAACUUAUUUUUAUAAUUUGUAAUCUCAGUUACAUCACUAAGUUCAAUCUUAACUUUAUAUGA